GUUUCUCACUCUUGGGAAUCGGGAUCUACUCAUUUCUCACCUGUGGGGGUGGUGGCAAGGCAUGGAGCAUCACAUCACCACAGCAGCUGCCUUCCUCCCAGCGCUCUUCCUUCUCAGACUCUCUGUGCUUCCUUCCAUCCCAUUGCUUCACCUCCAUCCCCAUUUCCCCACCUCCAUCCCCAUUUCCCCACCUCCAUCCCCAUUUCCCCACCUCCAUCCCCAUUUCCCCACCUCCAUCCCCAUUUCCCCACCUCCAUCCCCAUUUCCCCACCUCCAUCCCCAUUUCCCCACCUCCAUCCCCAUUUCCCCACCUCCAUCCCCAUUUCCCCACCUCCAUCCCCAUUUCCCCACCUCCAUCCCCAUUUCCCCACCUCCAUCCCAUUCCCCAUCCAUUUCCCCACCUCCAUCCCCAUUUCCCCACCUCCAUCCCCAUUUCCCCACCUCCAUCCCCAUUUCCCCACCUCCAUCCCCAUUUCCCCACCUCCAUCCCCAUUUCCCCACCUCCAUCCCCAUUUCCCCACCUCCAUCCCCAUUUCCCCACCUCCGUCCCCAUUUCCCCACCUCCAUCCCCAUUAUCUCACACUCGCCUGACAGGUGACAGGCCCCGCAUGGCCAGUGGCAAGGCACAGAACACCACCGCAGCCACUGCCUUCCAGCCUCUCUCUGCUCCAUUGCCUCACCCACACUCCUCCUUCCAUCUCCAUUGCCUCACCCACACUCCUCCUUCCAUCUCCAUUGCCUCACCCACACUCCUCCUUCCAUCUCCAUUGCCUCACCCACACUCCUCCUUCCAUCUCCAUUGCCUCACCCACACUCCUCCUUCCAUCUCCAUUGCCUCACCCACACUCCUCCUUCCAUCUCCAUUGCCUCACCCACACUCCUCCUUCCAUCUCCAUUGCCUCACCCACACUCCUCCUUCCAUCUCCAUUGCCUCACCCACACUCCUCCUUCCAUCUCCAUUGCCUCACCCACACUCCUCCUUCCAUCUCCAUUGCCUCACCCACACUCCUCCUUCCAUCUCCAUUGCCUCACCCACACUCCUCCUUCCAUCUCCAUUGCCUCACCCACACUCCUCCUUCCAUCUCCAUUGCCUCACCCACACUCCUCCUUCCAUCUCCAUUGCCUCACCCACACUCCUCCUUCCAUCUCCAUUGCCUCACCCACACUCCUCCUUCCAUCUCCAUUGCCUCACCCACACUCCUCCUUCCAUCUCCAUUGCCUCACCCACACUCCUCCUUCCAUCUCCAUUGCCUCACCCACACUCCUCCUUCCAUCUCCAUUGCCUCACCCACACUCCUCCUUCCAUCUCCAUUGCCUCACCCACACUCCUCCUUCCAUCUCCAUUGCCUCACCCACACUCCUCCUUCCAUCUCCAUUGCCUCACCCACACUCCUCCUUCCAUCUCCAUUGCCUCACCCACACUCCCUCUGACAGGUAACAGACCCCACAUGGAAAGUGGCAAGGCACGAAGCACCACCGCAGCCACUGCUGUCCUCAGUGCUCUCACUACACCCAAUCCCUCCCUGCUUCCUUCCAUCCUCAUUGCUUCACACACACUCCCAUCGGCAGGUAACAGACCCCACGUGGCCAGUGGCAAGGCACGGAGCACCGCCGCAGCCACUGCCGUCCUCUGUGCUCUCGCUCCUCACUCUGCCGUUCGACUCUGUCCCUGUCUGGGCGAUAUUCCUCUGCCUCUUUGUUGCUGGCCUCUUCGCCCCGCAAUAAUUUUAGGCAUGUGGAAAUGA